UUCAAUUCUUUGAACACCAUUCCUCAGCGCUUUACGGAAGAAAUGCUCAACAAAAGUCAACAAAAACAGGAAAAGAUAGAAGAAGUCUUUCUUGAAUUGAUGUCUUUGGAGACAUCCUUGUUGGAAUACGGACAGUAUAACCUCAAUCGCACAACAAGUGAAUUUAAUAUGAGCAGUAUACACAUGGAUGUUCUCGUCAGGAAAACCUUCUACCAAAAUCACAGCCACCACUUUCGUCUAGAGGAACCUACGGGAGAAAAUUUCCUAAUUAUUCCGUCGGAAAAUUUGGAUAAUGGUUCAGUGGUACUUGGAGUGAUAUACAGAGACCUCCAUCAACUAUUUAUUAGAAAUAAACCAGAGAACAGUACCCUGAACAAUUCCAGGGAAGUCAACUCCAUUAUUUUGGCUGCCACAAUAAUUCCUUCGCCCACGAGACUAAAGGAAAAUAUAACUUUGAAGUUCAAAAACAUGAAGAAUGCAACCAACGAGAAAAAAUGUAUGUUCUGGAACAUGUUCGAUGAGAGUUCCAUUGGCUGGUCAGGAGAAGGAUGCUACGUCAAAUCUACUGAUGCACACCAAACAGAAUGCACGUGCAAUCAUUUGACUCAUUUUGCUGUUCUUCUGGACACAUCAUCUGGAACAGAGACUGCCGAUAUAUCAGAGAAAGACGAAAAGAACUUGGAAAUUCUCACAUACGUCGGGCUGACCCUUUCUGUUAUUGGUAUCACAUUGACGAUAAUCAGCUAUCUUACUCUCACAGACAUGAGAGGACCUUUAUCCCAGAUUCGAGUGAGUCUCGUCACUUCUCUUGGUGCAGGACAAAUCAUGUUUCUCGCCGGGAUUGGAGCGACUGGGAACAAGGGAGGUUGCCUUACAGUGGCAGCCCUUAUGCAGUAUUUUUUGAUGGCUGCCUUUUGUUGGAUGCUGGUCGAGGGAAUUUACCUUUACCUGUUUGUUGUGAAAGUUUACAACGUUGGCGACAAAUUAAGAAUGUGCCAUGGAAUUUCAUGGGGCCUUCCCGCGCUCAUCGUUGCCAUAUCACUAAGUAUUGCAGCUGGAAAAGAUGGGAUCGAAAGUUUUGUGGCUGAUAAAUAGUGAGGAGAAUUUCAUUGUACUGGUCUAGUGUCAUCCCACCCAGCUUUCCAAGAAGUGAUCUGACGCAAGUAUUUUGGAAAACGAGCAACUAUCUUGUUAGAGCUGAACCAAAUACACGUGUGGAUUAAAAAAUAAUUAUUUUCCGUUUUUAUGUAUUGGCUUACUGUUAUUGUGUUUCGAGAUAGAAAACCUAAAAAUUCUGAGUCUGAAAAUCGGUUUUAGAUCGGAUUGUUCAGGCUGCAA